CUGAAGUUUCGGCCAGAUGACCUGAAUUGUAUCCUUACCCUGCCUUUCAAUAAGGGAUAUGACGUAAGUUUUUGCUCUGCCGCACUUCUUAAGGAGUUUUGGACACGGUUUGAAAAUGCUAAGACCCAGUUUUCAGUAUUUGACGUCGAGAAACUGACUGACAACUCCCUGAAAACGGUGAUUGUCAGGAUGUUCAAUGAGACUGUCAGUGCUGAAGACAUCUGUAUGUGGCUGGGUAGAUACUGCACUGUGAGAGGCCAGGCUAUGAAGGUGCGGGAUGUGGACGGCAUCUGGAACUGUGCUUGGCGGGUCCCCAUUAAGCAAUGGGAAGACCCCCAAGGCUUCCAGGGCCUGAAGCAUCUCCCCUCAAUGAUAGUCCUGGGGGAGAACAGGGGCUACAUUCACUAUCAAGGCCAACCCAAACUGUGUCGGAAGUGUGGCGAGCAUGGUCAUCUGGCCGAAACUUGUGAAAAAGUAUUCUGUGGAAAAUGUCGAGAAGUGGGACACACGUUUGAUGAAUGUACGAACGGGCGGAAAUGUAAUUUGUGUGGUGGACAGGAUCAUUUGUUCAGAGACUGUCCAAAAUCGUUUGCGAAUAAAUUGAAAAAAGGAAAAGAGACGCUAACGGAAACGGUUAAUGAGCAAGUGGAAGCAGCUGGGUCGGAAAUUUCAAAUCUCCCACCAGGUCCUCUGAUUGGAGGAGAGGAGGAGAGGGCGGGAAGCGGGGAGGGGAACGAAGCCCCCCCCCAGACCGAAACAUCCAGUGAGGGGGGGGGAGAUGCUAACCGAAGGCGGAGCUAGCUCGGACUCUGAGGAAGAACAGACGGACAGCAGCGAUGAUGCCUCCCUCCCCGACGCCCAGCUGGCUAAGAGGCCGGCAUCUGAGUCACCUCCCGACCUUACCCCCAAGGGCCGGGAACCAGUGACUCCAGUGCGCGGCCUCCUGUAUGGAGAUGCCUCCACCGUUUGGCGCAACGUGAGCCAUCCCGUCCUUUCAAACAGACUCCAGGACCUGUCAUGGAUGGUGGCUCAUGGGAUCCUGCCAGUCAGAGCCGUUAUGCACUCCCGCGGCAUGUCUGCAACGUCCAUCUGCCCCCGACCCGGUUGUGGCGCGCCGGAGUCGGUGAGGCACCUGCUGUGGGAGUGCAGCGCUGCUGUGGACCUGUGGGCAAAAGCCGGCUCCUUGCAAUUCCCACACUUGCCAGCAAAGGAGGUCCUCCAUGGGCAGCUAGUGCUGUACGGGGUGAGCCAGCAGAAAAUAACGAAAAAGGACUUUGCUGAGAUCUGGCUCACCCUAGCCACCAUCAAAGACGCCAUUUGGACCUCCAGAAACUUGCUGGUGAGCAGGCGCAGGCAGAUGCCCCCCGUGGCUGUGAUCCGGAUGGCGGCAGCAAAAAGAACAACAUCAAGGGCUGCAGGUGGCGCGCCAAGGACACAGCCACCAAGAAGAAUCGCCUGCGCCUCCGUGGACGAAGGAGCCGGCGCUCCACGAACAGAGGUCCAAGCAGCGGCGGCCUGGCUCUCCGGGUGAGGCAGGAGGGAAGGAGCUUCAGGGCAGGUUUCCCCUCUGAGCACCAGCGCUGUUUGGAAGGACGGGACGGCUCCGGACUUGGGAAGGGGUCACCCCGGUCCUGCUCAACUUUUAACGCACAGAGAU